AUGGGUUCGUUGCGACUGAUACAGUGUAUGAUGUUUUGGGUGACUAUUCUGUUUACUGUAGACCUACUAAACGCCCAGACAGCCACAGAUUAUCGAUCAUGGAUAGACAGUCCUCCCUUUAGUACAUACAACUUGAAGAUUUUUCCGCGGAAUGCACAAACAGAUAAAGUGGAAGUAGACAUGCAGUUUUAUCUUGUAGCAAUUACACAGUUGAAUGAACUGAACGGAUACCUAGAUCUUGUGGGAUAUACGGUGCUGACAUGGACGAAUGAACUUCUGAUGUGGAAUAGCUCCAUCAACGCGAUGCAGGAGGUGAUUUUGGGACAGAAUAAUUUCUGGAGGCCAUCUCUGGUUCUUUCAAACUCUGUCGAAUCUCUCACUGAAAUGGGCGACAAUUCCUAUAAAAUACGGAUUAAUAAAGAUGGCGUUUGUGAAUGGCAGAUUGGCGUCGUGUCCAAGUCGGCCUGUUCCGUAGACGUGUCUUACUACCCCUUCGACAAACAAGUUUGCAAGAUUUCCUUUACACCUUGGGGAUACACAGACACACAGGUUCGACUAAACACUACCAGUACAGGUAUGAACACCGAUCUUUUCAUGCCGAACGUGGAAUGGACUUUGACUAGCACCACCGUGGAAGCGCUCUCCUCCGCCUCGGCCUCCUACCUCGAUUACUCCCUUAAUCUGGCUCGGAAACCGGGCUACUUUCUGGUUAACAUGAUCAUUCCCAUUCUUAUCCUCGGUAUGCUUAACGGUCUGGUAUUCCUUCUCCCGGCUGAUUCCGGUGAACGCGUUGGGUAUGCUAUCACCGCUUUCCUCACAUUUGCUGUGUUUUUGACCAUGGUGUCUGAUAACCUUCCCAAAUCUUCUGAACCAAUGUCUCUGCUAUGCUUCUUCCUGACGUUGAUGUUGAUUAUGAGCGCCUUAUCGACCGUGAUUACUAUCAUGACACUACGAGUGUAUCACCAGGAUGAUGACAGCCCAGUACCCAUGUGGCUAAAACACGUGGUGGCAUUCAUUACCUGCAGAAAGUGUAAGAAGUGGUGUGGACAAAAGCUGGAGGCUAUAGAAGAACCCAAACCGGGACAGGAAGUAGAGGAAGAAGAAUCGUCGUCGGAGGAGGAAGAGGAGGAAGAUUCAGACGAUGAAGGGAAACGGAAGACGGAGGUGAAAAAAGCCAAGCCAAACAAUGCUGAUAUAAAAGGUAUAACAUGGCGGGUGGUCGGGGGCACACUGGACGGAUUUUUCUUCUCGUUGUUCGUUUUCGGGACCGUCGUCAUUUCAUGUGUGUUCUUGAUUCCUCUCGCCGUAGCUGCGACCUCCUCUUCCUCCGAUGAAGAAUAA